UGGACUCUGUGACUUGUGAUCCCGAGCUGGAGUGGUAGCCGCCGGCCUGCCUAUACCUCCACGUCUCGGCGGUCGUCGCCAAGCCCGGCAACCCAACCCACUCAUCCUGCAAAGUCUCUCCUCUCUCUUCCUUUCAAGCGGCGCGCGCGCGACGCGAGCAAUGGCGGUGCACCACUCCCUCGAGGUGGCCGGCGCCGGCGCCCGCGCCCGCUGCGACGACGACGGCCACCCGCCGCGCACCGGGACGGUGUGGACGUGCGUGGCGCACAUCAUCACGGCGGUGAUCGGGUCCGGGGUGCUGUCGCUGGCGUGGAGCGUGGCGCAGCUCGGGUGGGCGGGGGGGCCGGCCUGCAUGCUCGUCUUCGCGCUCGUCACCUACGUCUCCGCAGCGCUGCUCUCCGACUGCUACCGCCAUGGCGGCGGCGGCGACGACGGCAAGGGCCCCCGGAACCGCUCCUACAUGGACGCCGUCCGCGUCUUCCUCGGCAGGAAGCACACCUGGGCUUGCGGCUCGCUGCAGUACGCGAGCCUGUACGGCUGCGGCGUCGCGUACACCAUCACCACCGCCACUAGCAUGAGGGCGAUCCUGAGGUCCAACUGCUACCACACGCACGGGCACGACGCGCCCUGCAAGUACGGUGGCAGCUACUACAUGCUCAUGUUCGGCGCGGCGCAGCUGUUCCUCUCCUUCAUCCCGGACUUCCACGACAUGGCGUGGCUGUCGGUCCUCGCCGCGGUCAUGUCUUUCUCCUACUCUUUCAUCGGACUCGGCCUCGGCCUCACCAACACCAUUGCUAAUGGAACAAUCAAAGGAAGCAUAACGGGUGCUCCAACGAGAACACCUGUGCAGAAGAUAUGGCACGUCUCGCAAGCCAUCGGUGAUAUCGCGUUCGCAUACCCGUACUCCUUAAUCCUCUUGGAAAUUCAGGACACCCUGAAGGCUCCACCAGCCGAGAACAAGACGAUGAAGAAGGCGUCCAUCAUCUCGAUCGUCGUCACCACCUUCUUCUACCUCUGCUGCGGCUGCUUCGGCUACGCCGCCUUCGGGAGCGACGCGCCGGGCAACCUCCUCACCGGCUUCGGCUUCUACGAGCCCUACUGGCUCAUCGACUUCGCCAACGCCUGCAUCAUCCUCCACCUGCUCGGCGGCUACCAGGUGUACAGCCAGCCGAUAUACCAGUUCGCGGACAGGUUCUUCGCGGAGCGGUUCCCGGCGAGCCGGUUCGUGAACGACUUCCACACCGUGAAGCUGCCGCUGCUGCCGCCGUGGAGGGUGAACCUCCUGCGGGUGUGCUUCCGGACGCUGUACGUGGCGAGCACGACGGUGGUGGCGCUCGCCUUCCCCUACUUCAACGAGGUGCUGGCGCUGCUCGGCGCGCUCAACUUCUGGCCACUCGCCAUCUACUUCCCCGUGGAGAUGUACUUCAUCCAGAGGCAGGUCCCCAGGUGGUCGCCCCGGUGGGUCGCCCUGCAGGCGUUCAGCGUCGUGUGCCUCCUCGUCAGCGCCUUCGCGCUCGUCGGCUCCAUCCAGGGCCUCGUCAGCCAGAAGCUCGGCUGAACGACGAACAGCUUAGCCUCUGCUUCGGAUCGCUUUUCUUCGUGUAACCGUAAUGGAGGGAGAACUGCACCUGCACCGGUGCGUGCGUGUUGUAGCAAUCGGAGAGCAAUGUAUAUGAUUGAUGAACGAUGAACAGCUCGGGGGUGGUGGCAGCACAUUUCGUGGCUGCAGGACCAGUGAGAGCGGCACACUUGUUUUCCAGUGCCUUCCUUCUGCACUGCAGAGGAACUACUCGUGUAUGAUGUAUGUUUUGUACACAAUGUCGUAUUGCCAUGAUACUUUGGAACAGCGAGAGGAUCGACUGCUUGGGUUAUGUUAAUUUCUCUGUCGACUUCCUGGAGCUCACUCUGCAUCGCCUCGUUUCAUGUUGGCAUCGCUGGCGGCGAGCAUGCGUAAGCCAUGUAUCUGCGUGGUUGAUUUUACUGAAAUGGUGGGAAAAGAACAUGAUUCGGGGUGUUCUUGGAACUGGCGGCCGCUAGCCUUUUGUGUUCUUGAUGAUAAGGAUGGGAGAAAUA